UCAGUUUCCCCAGUGGUCACCUUUGAAAAGGGAAAAAUGUCUGAAAAUAGGCAAAGCUGAAUAUAAACAUCAUUUAAUUCCCCCCACACAGACAGCCUCCGCUCCUAUGAGGGCGUGGGGAAAAGGGAGUGGAAGAAGGGGGCUGGGGAGGAGGAAGAGGCGGGAGGUGCGGUGGGGGCACAGGUGACGCUCCUCCCGCCUCCCUAGCAGAGCUCCAGGCGCACAUCCGCAGUCAGCCACCUCGCCUGCGCCUCCAGGAGCGAGGAUGGAGAGGCUGGUGAUCAGGAUGCCCUUCUGUCAUCUGUCUACCUACAGCCUGGUUUGGGGCAUGGCAGCAGUGGUGCUGUGCACAGCACAAGUGCAAGUGGUGACCCAGGAUGAAAGAGAGCAGCUGUACACACCUGCUUCCUUAAAAUGCUCUCUGCAAAAUGCCCAGGAAGCCCUCAUUGUGACAUGGCAGAAAAAGAAAGCUGUAAGCCCAGAAAACAUGGUCACCUUCAGCGAGAACCAUGGGGUGGUGAUCCAGCCUGCCUAUAAGGACAAGAUAAACAUUACCCAGCUGGGACUCCAAAACUCAACCAUCACCUUCUGGAAUAUCACCCUGGAGGAUGAAGGGUGUUACAUGUGUCUCUUCAAUACCUUUGGUUUUGGGAAGAUCUCAGGAACAGCCUGCCUCACCGUCUAUGCCCAUAGUAUCCCUUCACUACAAAUUCUCUGAAGACCACCUAAAUAUCACUUGCUCUGCCACUGCCCGCCCAGCCCCCAUGGUCUUCUGGAAGGUCCCUCGGUCAGGGAUUGAAAAUAGUACAGUGACUCUGUCUCACCCAAAUGGGACCACGUCUGUUACCAGCAUCCUCCAUAUCAAAGACCCUAAGAAUCAGGUGGGGAAGGAGGUGAUCUGCCAGGUGCUGCACCUGGGGACUGUGACUGACUUUAAGCAAACCGUCAACAAAGGCUAUUGGUUUUCAGUUCCACUAUUGUUAAGCAUUGUUUCCCUGGUAAUUCUUCUCGUCCUAAUCUCAAUCUUACUGUACUGGAAACGCCAUCGGAAUCAGGACCGAGAGCCCUAAAUGAGUCACACAGCACCCUGAAAGUCAUUCCCUGGUCUACUUGAAUUUGACACAAGAGAAAAGCAGGAGGAAAAGGGGCCAUUCUCCAAAGGACCUGAAAGAGCAAAAAAGGUGGGAGUGAAAGCCUUAAGGAUCCCACGACUUUUUACUGCCAUCUGAGCUACUCGGUGUUUGAAUCCCAAGAGGAAGUCAUUUUACCUCUCAGGUCUGUUGUAGGACUUGAUUUUGUAAAGCAAUGCCAUGUUAUGUGGUUGAAAGGGCACUGGACUUAGUAUCAGGAGCACUGAGCUCACAGACUGACUUGAGCUCCUACUGGUGGGGACCUCUGUUAGUCACUUUACCUCAUCCAAAGUAUAAAGGAAUUGGACCAAAUAAUUUACCACAUAGCUCUAAAACUUAAUUUAAAAUGUAAUUCCAGAAAAAAAAGGGAAUAAGCAAAGGGGGAAGAAUUGAAAGAGAGAGAAGAAAGAAUACAGAGCGCUUACCUUUUGCCUUUCUGUUGAUGUUACAUCUCUUCUUCCCAUGCUCUUAGGUCUAUGAGUCUGUUUCCCCAUCAUUUGGUAUCUAGUCCAGUUCCUGCUUACUGCUUUGCUAAUAGCUGGCCUUGCUACAAUCCUUGGUUUCACUGCUGUUAUUCAUGUGCUUCUAUGAGAUUUACUCCAACAAAAAUAAGACUGAAUUUAUUGUGAAGUAACAUUGGCAAUCUUAACUUAUUCAUUUAACUUAUUUAUUUUUAUAGCUAGAUAAAUAUUGUUAGUAUUAGACAAUAGCUCACAUUUUUUGAGAAGCAUGCUUUCCCUGUCCAUUUGUCUUAUAACAUGACCCAGCCCUAUUUUACAUCAUUCUAAAUUCAGCCUCAUAUAAUGAAAAUACAUUAUGAAAACAGAUGUUUAGGAGAUGUCCUGUAUAGCAGUCAGCCAAUUCACAUGCUUUGUCUCUGCUGGCUUCUUUCUCCAUGCAUUAACUUUUCACAACAGCAGAGGAGGCAAAUAUGAGCAUACAAUCCCUUUGUUCUAAAGAUAUUGUUCCAGCUAGUGGAAUGAUGUUGAAUCUUUAAUAACCAUUAUUAGUUGCUUUUUCAGUAUCUUCUGCUUUGUCUGUGUCUAUCCAGUGGCCUAGGAAUUAAAGUGUAAGUUGUUUUCGCUGUUAAAUUGGAUAUUUAUAUAUAUAUAUAUAGCAAGAUUUUCAUGUGUUAUUUAAUUCUGUAUUGUUUCUUAUAUUUGUAGUAAAAUAUUGAACAAUUAAAAGUGUUGACUCCAAA